CAGGAGCAUUGGCCAAUCGCAACACAGUAUUGACUUGGUUUUGCGUCCUUAAUUCACUGCCGGUAUGCACUUCUCCAUUAAUGUUCCCGCGAAACGCCAUCGCAAUUUGCUCAUUGUUUUCAAAGGAUUAUUCACAUGAUAAAUUCAAGUUUUAUGAACAAAGUGAAUGUUUUUUAAAAGUGCUUAGUGCUUAAUAAACGUAAAUGUUUUUUCAUUGUGUGUUUAUGCAUUGAGAAACGACGCAACUUGAUGUCGUAGACAGUUGUUGAAACGACACUGUUGCUUGGAAUGUUUUUCAAUUUUAUUCAUUAACAAUUUGGAAAUUAUAAGAUCGAGUAAUAAAUUUUAACUUGUGUUGUUAGAUAUUUGGUUUGUUGACAACAAUUAGCGAUGAUUUGAACAUGUUUUGUGAAGUUUUAUUGUAAAAAAUUGUCAGUUAAGUUAAGCGUCUCCUUGGGGAUGCUGUGAAGAUUUUGUGGCGCGAGUGUGCACGGAAAAUUAUUGUUUUUUUAAGAGGAUUUUUGGAAAAUUUACAAAGUGAACGUUUGUGAAUAAGUGAAAAAUAGAUUUUUGACAUUUUUGAAAAAAAUAAUUUUUUUUUUUUUGAGGUUAUGUGAAUAGAGGGCGUGACCAUUCGACAGUGCAAGCAGGGGUUGGUCGUUGUUUCGCGCGCUGGACUCCCGCGCUUUACUAGUUAAUAUCUUAAUUUUUUAAUAAAAUUGCUUGGUUUUAUUGAAUUUUAUACUGUUGACGGUUUUCCGAAAAAUUCGGGAAUAUUCAUUUUCAUUUGUGAAGUUCAAAUGAUUAUUUUUGAGGUAUGAAAUAGUGAAGCAAAGCCGAGCCCUUGAUCAUACAUUAUGGCGAUCGAGUGCACGUAAUCUAUGGGCGCUCCCUUGCUUUUUUGGCUUUUAACUGUGCAAAUUUUAUUUGGAUUUCAUUCAAAGUGGAUUGUGACCCGUGAAAAAAAUUGGAGUCUCACGGGAAAAAGUUUGGACAUUGCAGGAACAUUCGUUUUUGGAUUAGACAGCUUGAAAGAUGAGCACCAAGAUGCCACAAACCAGCUUGCAAGAGAAGCAGACGUCGAAAAUUUAUUCAAAAGGAUCAAAUCAAACACUAAAACGAAAACGACGGACAACAGAAUUAUCGGAAGAUUCGGAAAAUAUAUAUCCACCAAAUAAAGUUCCUGCUUUAUCAUGUUCAGAAUCAUGUAAUAAUACAACUGGCAAUAAUACAACGGAUAAUAAUACGUAUCUAUCACAUCAACAACAAUCAUCAUCGCCACUUAAAGAACAACAAGAACCAAUAAGUUGGUCUGAAUUAAGAAGUUCCACAUGUUUUUUAACGCCCUCAGCAUCAGGAAGUGGAUCCGGUAAAUCAAAUCCUCUACCAUCAUUACCAUGGGCCGAUGGCUCACAAGUUUGGUCAAUUAUGUGUUUAGGUGAUCAAAAAACAUUAUCACAAAGGGAUCCCGAUAUGUUUCAAAGACAUCCAACAUUACAACCACGAAUGAGAGCUAUUUUAUUAGAUUGGCUUAUAGAAGUUUGUGAAGUCUAUAAACUUCAUAGAGAAACAUAUUAUCUCGCUAUGGAUUAUAUUGACAGAUAUCUUUCGACACAUCAAAAUAUUCCAAAAAGUCAAUUACAACUAAUUGGUAUCACUUGUUUGUUUAUAGCUUCUAAGGUCGAAGAAAUAUAUCCGCCGAAAAUUUCUGAAUUUGCCUAUGUUACGGAUGGCGCAUGUACCGAGGAGGAAAUUCUUGGCAAAGAAUUAAUAGUGCUCAAGGGACUUGGUUGGAAUUUAUCGCCAAUAACACCACCUGGAUGGUUAAAUAUUUAUAUGCAAGUUGAAUCGGGCGAUAUGUCAAGGCCAAUUGCUUUUAUUUAUCCACAAUAUGGUGGUCUACAAUAUUCUCAAGCGGCACAAUUAUUAGAUCUCGCAACACUCGACGAGGGUAGUUUACGAUUUUCCUAUAGUCAUUUGUCAGCGGCUGCAAUAUAUCAUACAAAAAGUCGUGAAUGUGCACUAAGAACAUCGUGUAUUAGUUGGGAACAACUUGCCCCAUGUGUACGUUGGUUAACACCAUUUGCAAAUACUGUCAUUGAAGAAGGUGAAAAUCUUCUUCGUUCAGCAAAUGCGCCAACAAAUGAAACAAAUGCCGGUUCUGGUUUACGUGCUUCGGUUCCAAAUAUUGUUCUCGAUGAAUCACAUCGAAUACAGACACACGUUGUCGAUUUGACAAUGCUCGAAAAUGCCCAACGACGAUUGGCAAAAGAUGUUUUAUCGCUCGAUUGUCUCGAGACGGAGAUUAAUAUUGAUUCAAAUAGUCCUGAUAAUAAUCAGAAUAACGGUUUAUUAACACCGCCGUCCAGUAGUCAAAAAAAUUCACCAUCACCACCUCGUCUUCCACCUCAAUUACAUCCAUAUACAUAGAGUCCCCCUUUUUUUUCAAUUUUCCGAUCGAUAUCACAAGGUUUUUUUGAAAAAAAAGGCAGGAUAAUUUUUUUUUUCAAUUAGAUCUGAGAUUAAUGUUCACAUAAAAAUAUGACGUAUGAUAAUUAAAUUCUCAUAAUUUGUAUAAAAAAAAUUUAACCAAUUUUCAUCAGUUUAUAAAAUUUAAUUCAAUUUUAUUUUGCCAAAUUUUUUAUUCCUUUCGUAUUUGAGAUUUUCAAAUUAUAGUUAUAAUUUUGAAGUGAAAGUACAUUAUUUAAAUUAAAUAAAUCAUGCGUCUUUAUUUGUAAUGAAAAUAUUUAAAAAAAUUACAUGUGAACUUUGUGAUAUUUAUCGCAAUUGCUCUGAGAAUAUUAGUAAAAAAUUUUUUCGUGUGGGAUAUAUAUAUACAUAUAUAUAUAAAUAUUAUAUUAUUUAAUCAGGGACCAACACUGAUGUUGAAUCAGAUUUUUUUUUAUUUUCUUUAAGGCACACAGCUUUGAAAGCUUUUUAAAAUAGAAUUUACCGAAGUUUUUGGUCUUGUUGAGUUUUUAAAUAAUUUUUUUUUCCUAUAUAAAUGCAUAAUUUAAUUCUAGUAAUACAUACACUUUUCUGGAAAAAGAAAUGUAAAAAAAAUGUUUUGUCCAAAAAACAUUAAUAUAUAUAUUUAGAUAUAUAUAAUUUGUAGGAAAAGAGAAAGAAUUUAAUAAUUUAUAAAUGAAUCAUUGACUCUUAAUUUAACUUUGUCAUAUUAUUUUUUCUCUUUUGAUGAAUAUCUUAACUCUUUUUUUUAACACAUAAUUUAUGAAUCAAUUAUUGUUUCGACUUUUGUUCACUUAGCAUGCUAAUAUAAAUACAGUACACGGUAUUUUAUUUAAAAAAAAAUAUAUAUUUCAUCAGUGUUAGUCCCGAAACUAAGUGCAAGCUCUUGUUAGUGAGGACGAAUUAAAAAGCGUUUAUAUAGAUACACUUUUCAUCUCUUUUUCUCUCAAGAUUGUAAAUAGUAUAUAAUAAAAAUAUAUAUAUAGGUGAAAAACCACUUUUUAAACAAAAAAAAAAAUAAAUAAAAUAAAAAAAACGAGUCGUAUGAAUAUUUCCAAAAAAAUCAAUUUAAGAAUUUACAGUGCAUGUCGAAUUAAAUAUUAAACUAUUAUUCGAACUGAUUAUUAAAAUAUGUAAAAAAAGAAAUAGAAUUUUUUUCGGGAAUAUUCAUACGGCCCAUUAAAAUCUACCUGCGUGAAUAAUUUUUGUAAUCGUUUUUAGUACUAUACAAUUGUUAAAUAAUUGCGUCACCAGUGGUGCUUUAUUUUGAUAAUACGAGGAGAACGAUAUUAUAUGCGACUGACAUAAUGAAAUAUAAUAAAAAUGAAUUGUAUAAGUUUUUAGUAAGGAAAAAAAAGGAAAAUUAGAACCUCGACUACACACAUGUCAAUAUUUUUCGUAGCUUUUAAGGUUCAUUAAAAAGAAAUUCUUUUUUAUCGAUGAAAAUUUUUGUACGAUUGAUUCGCCUUCUGUGAUUAGAUCAAUAUAAAAAUAAUUAUUAUAUAACCAUUUAAUAAUAAUAGUUAAUUAUUAAUUAAAUUAUAUCAAUUACUUAUUAUUAAGUAUUUUUUUUCUUUGUUAAAAAUUAUUAAUUAAUUAUUAUUAUUAAAUUUGUUGGUUAUUGAUAAUAAUAAUAAUGAAUUACUAUAUUAAUUAAUUAAUAUUAAUAUUAUUGUUAAUUAAUAAUUAUACAAUAAUUCAUCGCGGGUAAAUAUAUAGACUAUUUUUCAAAUAAUAUUUAACAUGCUUACGUUAAAUAUAGGACGACUUAACAUUGUAACGAGUGCCUUGGAAAAAAAGUGCCCUUAGCUUGUUUUAUGUAUUGUUGAAUGAAUGUUGAAAAGAAUGAAUGACAAUUUUUUUGUGAU